GUCUCAGACGUCUCAGACUCUGCAGAGAGGCAGGUGUCGCAGCCACGAGCAGUUGUUUUCUUUUCUUUCGCCGUUUGAGUUGUAUUUUGGACCGAUUUGGCGGCGCCGACGAUCGCCGGACACCCUCGGACAGUGCCCAGACGAUGAGGACAUCGCACAGGACGGACAACAGCUGCUAAAAGGAACAACAACAUGGCAGACGAGGACACUUCGGUUCGCGUCGCUGUCAGAAUUCGACCGCAGAUCGCUCGAGAACUGAUUGACAACCUUGGCGUGUGCACGAGCGUAACACCGGGAGAGCCGCAGGUGCAGCUGGGAAAAGGCAAUCUCUUCACUUACGACCAUGUCUUCGACACUGAGGAAGUGCAGAGUGCCAUCUACGAGUCCUGCGUCGCCCAGCUGGUUGAGGGUGCUCUCGAAGGAUACAACGCAACCGUCCUCGCCUAUGGACAGACUGGAUCAGGCAAGACUUACACAAUGGGCACAGGGUAUGAACUUACAUGUGGUGCGGAACACGUUGGCGUGCUGCCCAGAGCAAUCAGACACAUCUUCAGUGGCAUCGAGUCGAGACAGGAGCAAGCCAGGGAAGCGGGCAUUCCCAUUCCUGAGUUUCGAGUGGAAGCCCAAUUCAUUGAGCUCUACAACGAAAAUUUAUACGAUUUGCUAGAGCCCGAUAGAUCGGAACCCAAAAACAUUCGAAUCCAUGGUGACCACUUUGGAGGGAUUUCAGUAGAAGGAGUGAAUAGAACAGUUGUUAAAAUUGAAGAGGAAGCUAUGAGCUGCCUCAGAAAUGGUGCUCUAAGCAGGUCAACUGGUGAGACCCAGAUGAACCAACAGUCUUCCAGAUCCCACGCUAUUUACACAUUGCACAUUCAACAACGUCGACUUGCACCAGAAGAAUCUGAAGACAAAGAGAAUGGAGUUACAGGAGACUUUGAAACGCUCACUUCCAAAUUCCACUUUGUCGAUCUUGCUGGCUCUGAAAGAUUGCACCGAACUGGGGCCACAGGCGAAAGAGCCAAAGAAGGCAUUUCCAUUAAUUGUGGCCUUCUUGCCCUUGGCAAUGUCAUUUCAGCGUUAGGAGACAGAAGCAAGAAAGUGAUGCACGUACCUUACAGAGACUCAAAGCUCACCAGGUUACUGCAGGAUUCGUUGGGUGGAAAUUCUAGAACGGUGAUGAUUGCCUGCAUUUCUCCGUCAACCCAAGAUUUCAUGGAAACGCUGAGCACGCUGAAAUACGCUAAUCGAGCCAGAAACAUCAAGAACAGAGUCACUAUCAACCAGGACAAGUACUCUCAACAGCUAUCGCAGCUGAGGCAAGAAGUGCAGCGUUUGCAGCUAGAACUGCUGGAAUAUAAGCAGGGCAAGAGAGUAGUAAAUUCUGAUGGAGAAGAGUCUGUGAAUGAUAUGUUCCAUGAAAACAAAAUGCUGAUAACAGAGAACAACAAUUUCCGACUUCGACUCAAAGCGCAACAAGAGACAAUUGAUACGCUCACGUCAAGAAACACUGACUUGAAAACCAAGUUGGCAACUAGCUCUUGGGUCAGCGGGGGCGGAGAUGCAGAAACAAGCAACCAGAUUCACGAAAUGUUGCACAAAUAUGUCCAGGAGGUGGAAGACCUGACCUCAAAGCUCAUGGAAUCUGAAGCACUCUGCCAACAGCUGAGAGCUAACAACACUAAAAUGCAAUCCAGAGCCGCUUUGAGUCCACGUCCAAGUACAGCAGGGAUGGACUUUGAAUGUCCCUCUGUGAUGUCGUUAAUUGAAACAGCCAAGAAGGGUUUACAAAGGGAGCAGGAUAUGCUUCAAAGGUCUAAGAGUGAAAUAUUAAACUCGAAAAUUGAGCAAGCGUCUGAAUCGUCUGAGGAGGAAGACUUGGAACUGGACACUGACUCGGAUAGUGAAGAUGAGAAAGAGAAUCAAGAGGAUGAGCAGAGGAUGGGAGAGUUGGUCAACUUGGAGUCUGAAAUCAAUAUCAAACAGCAGCUUAUUGAGCAGCUAGAGUUGUCUCAAAGGAGAAUGAAUUCAAUGAAGCAGCAGUAUGAGGAGAAGCUGAGGCAGCUGGAGGCCCGAAUGGAGGCAACUAAAAUCGAGAGGGAUAAGGUUCUGGCCAGCCUCUCAGGCAAGAACGCUCCCCAAGAUGGCAGCAUGGGAGAACGCAUCAGGAAAGUGAAGGAUGAUUACGAGAAAAAGCUGGCCAACAUGCAGAAGGAACUGAAAACACUGCACACGGCCAAGAAGGAGCACGCUAAAGUCCUGAAAGAGCAUUCUCGAAACGAAUCCCAGCUCAGGCAGCUUAAGGGCGAGCUCUCUGAAAUGAAGAAAACUAAGGUUCGACUUUUGAACAAAAUGAAGGAAGAGAGCCAGAGGCACAAAUUGGAGCAGGAGAGGCGGAACAGGGAGUUGGCGCAGUUGCGGAAGACCAACCGGAAGCACGAAAAUCAGAUCCGCUCGCUGGAGGCUGAGAAGCGAGCAAAGGACGUGGUGCUGAAGAGGAGGCAAGAAGAGGUGAAUGCUCUGAGGAAAAACCAGUUCUCUGGGAUGUCAUCAAAGGCUGCUGGCAAGAUUGGCGGCAGAAAGGGUGGGUCUCCCCCGCCUCUGAUUCUCUCCUUUCCCCCAACUUCCUCAAAGCCCCCGGUAGGGCGCACUGAGGCCUAUCGUGGUGUUGCAGCCCUUCAAAGGAGGGCCAGCACCUUCUCGCCGAAGGUUGCCAAGCAGAGAUGGUCCACCUUGGAGAAGAACAUCACCCAGAUUUCCAUAACCAAAAAGACUAUUGCGGACCUAGAGCACCAACUUGAAAGUCACUUGGACGCAAGGAGGCAGCAUGGCCAAGAUUAUGCCGAAACUAGGAGAAGGCUAGCUGAGGCCAGAGCCAGAUGCGAAGAUGAGGAUAUUGUUGCUGGGUUGCAGGAGCGGCUGAAAGAAAUUCAAGUUGGAAUGGAGUUCACCCAGGAUGUCAUAGAGGAAACCCAGCAGAGCAUCAUGCAGCUGGAGGACACAAGAGAGGGUAAUGAGCCUGCAGACUUUGAAGCUGUCAUCAAUGAAGUGGAUGAGUUGGGCGAGGCAAAGUAUUUACUUUCCAAGAUGUACGCCAUGACCAUCAACCAGAGUGUUGCGGUUGCGCAACAAGAGCAGUCAAAUAGAAACCUCGAAACGAGGCUGAAGCAGUUUGUUGUGAGUGUUUCGUCGUUCCAAGAAGAGCUAUCAAAAUUGGAGCAAAAGAACGCCCUGCAAGAAGAACUUCUCCAGCAUGUUGUGCAGCAACAAGGGUUGACCAGGACCAUCAGCUCGUCCACGGUUGUCCUUUCUGAUGAGCCUCACCCUGGUUGUGUUGUUCUCACAGACAGCUCUGAUGAGUCAAGAGCACCUUCUCCAAGUCCAAGUUUGAUGAGCACAUCAAGUACCCGCUCAAAGGCCAGGAAGAGAACUGCAGAUCCCCAGCAAAUGCUGUACAUGAAGGACUCUUUUUCCACCUCUCUAUACAACCCAGAGAAGGAAAACACAGCUCAACUCAUGCCACCCCCUGUCAGGGUGACCAGUGCGUCCCUCAGGCUAAGCAACCCGUCACAGACCAGUCCGAUGGUCUCGCGCAAACAGUACGACACGUCCUCUUUGGCCAGCCCCAGGAUGACCCGUCGCAACACAUACACAGUCAAAUCUAGUCUGGGGCAGUCCACCCAUCUGGGCUCCAUGGAGCAAGGUAUUGACGCCACCCCUCCAAGCUCACCACCCACCUUCAGACGCUCUGUCUCAAGAGAGGAGAAAAACGUCUUCUCCAGACUUACUUCCGCUACUGGAGCCACCAGAGAUGAAAAGCCAGGACACGGCAUCAUCAGUCAGUUUGGUGGAAGGAUGGCUCACAAAUCUCCACUGAUUUGCACACAUGUUGCUGAAGGGCACUCAAAGGCUGUUUUAUCUGUUGAUGCAACUGAAGAUCUCCUAUUUUCUUCUUCCAAAGACCGCACAGUAAAGGUUUGGGACUUGAACCAGGGCCGUGAAAGAGACUCUCUGAAUGGCCAUCCGAACAAUGUUGUCGCCGUCAAGUUCUGUGAACGCACUGGCCUCGUGUUUUCGGUUUCUCACUGCUUUGUCAAAGUGUGGGAUUUAAGGCAGAAUCCGGCUCGCCCCAUCCACACUUUGUGCUCAUCAGGAAACACUGCCAACGGCACAUUUGCCAUGCCAGACCCUAUGGACAACCCUGGCGGCUCUCCGAUCAAUGACAUUGCUCUCAGUAACAAUGGAGAAGUUCUCUACAUGGCUGCUGGAGGCAAAGUCCGGGUCUGGGACCUAAGAAGGUUUGAAAAGGCUGGACAGUUGAUGGGUGGCCACCAGGCUGCUGUUAUGUGUCUCGCUGUUGGCGCCCUGUCCCAAGUUGAGGAUCGAGUCAUCACUGGCAGCAAGGAUCACUACAUCAAGGUGUUUGACGUACCCAGGGGCUUGGAAGGUUACCUCACGCAGCCCACCAUCAACCUGGACCCUCCUCACUACGAUGGCGUGCAGUCUCUCACACUGUCCAGAGACACCCUGUUUUCUGGCUCCAGAGACUUCUCCAUCAAAAAGUGGGACUUGGGCCGCAGGGAAUGCGUUCAAUCGAUCAAUGGUGCUCACAAAGACUGGGUGUGCGGCCUGGCUUUGCUUCACGAUGGACUCUUGGUUUCCGGCUGCAGGGGUGGUGUGCUCAAGCUGUGGGCCACAGAGUCGUGCUUGCCCCUCGGCGAAAUCAAGGCGCACAACUCGCCAAUCAACGCUGUCGCAACAAACUCCAAUUGCAUCUUUUCAGCCUCAAACUGCGGCGAAAUUCGCUUCUGGAAGGCUCCUCUGCAUUCAGCCAUGACCAUGUCGACAGGUCACCUCUUCGCCCUUUCUCUUUAGACAAGACGCCUCUCGUAGGACUUAUCCAUCAAAACUAAUUCUCCUUAACCACAUGAUAUACAUAUGAUUGAAAAGCAAAACACCUUGAUUAGUGAUGCAGAUUUUGUGAUAUUGCUUCAGAGCUGAACCAAUAAUUAGGAAAAUAUCACCCUGUGAUCCCUUCAACUAAAAAAGUAAAGAAAUUGUCCUUAGCUAGGACCACCCACUCCGUAGCUUCACACUACUAUCUUCUGUAAUUCCCCCAUUGGCUGAUCCACUGCUGGCGUUCUAAAUGAAGACUAAUAAAAUAUAUGUGUAUUUUGCAUCAGGCUAUGUCCAGCUUUUUGCUGAACUGGUUAUUUCAUGUAGUUCGCCAUAUAUUCACGCGAAUAUGAGUUCUUAUAACAAAAGCUAUAUACUCUGAGUAAAUUAAACACUUUACAUCUUGGUGCUAGAGAGAUAAACAAUAAAAAUGCUUCAGCGCCAAAAUUGUUUUCUCUGCUUAUAAUCAAUUGCUUUUCAAUGUAAAAAAUUUUGAUGUAUUUUAAUACUCAAUAUUUCUUGGAAUUGCUUAGCUAUAAUGUUAUGUAAAAAUGAUUGUCCUAUGGAGCAAUUUAGAGCACAAUAAAAUGAGGAAAUUAUUUAAUCAUAAAGAUGGGCUUUGUUAACAAUCUUUAAAUCUUUGCGCCACAAUUACAGGUAAAUUUAAAAUUAUGGUAUUUUCCUACUAUAAUUUCGUCUUUGUUCUUUGAGCUUUUGUUUCUUUUUGUUAAAUUUCUUAU